ACUGUUUUUCGCUUAGCAUGUCAACAGAGUAGCGUUGAUUUUGUUUUCGAACCAUCUAUAUAGUUUUUGCUUCUUACUUAUGGCUCGUCUUUUACUUGUGACGUUAUGCCUUGUUUGUCUAUCUUGGCAACAGGUGUCUGCCGAGUCUGUAUGUUACGACGAUCUGGGAUGUUUCUCCAACGACCCACCCUUUGAUGUAUUCAAUAGUUUCCCGCCAAAGAGCCCCGACUACAUCAACACUGAGUUCUUGCUGUAUACUCGCGCAAAUACAAAUCGUUAUUUGAAGGUUGAUAGAACUGAUGCAUCCUCCCUUCAGAGUUCUACCUUCAAUUCCGGUAGGAGAACGGUGUUUAUCAUCCACGGCUACACGGAGAAAGGAUCCGAGUCUAUCUGGAUGAGGGAUCUCAAAGACGCACUACUCGCAGUGGAAAAUCUGAACGUGUUUAUAAUUGACUGGGGCAAUGGUGCCAGGAACCUGUACGGUCAGUCAGUGCAGAACACACGCGUUGUGGGUCGUGUCAUUGCCAGAUUCAUGCAGUUUCUUAACACUGAGACAGGUGCAAACUUCGCUCGUAUGCACAUCAUAGGUCAUAGCCUUGGUGCACAUACUGCCGGCUAUGCCGGAGCCUUCCAGUCUGGUAUCGGCAGAAUCUCAGGUCUUGAUCCUGCCGGUCCAUACUAUACUUCCAAUGAUCCGGCUUGUCGCUUAGACGCAAGUGACGCCAUCUUUGUUGACGUCAUUCACACCGAUGCGGAAGCUGUUGGGGCAGGCAUUGUUGCAGCAUGUGGACACAUGGAUUUCUACCCCAACAGUGGCAAGGAACAGCCUGGUUGCCCUCCAAGCCUCGUUGACAUUUCGGACCCCUUAUCUGAGAUUCCUUGCAGUCACGUUCGUGUUUUGGACCUGUACAUUGAGAGCGUAACUCAGUGCGAUUUCGUCGGCUACCCAUGCUCCAAUUGGGACAAGUUCGUUAAUGGGCAGUGCACUAGCUGCAGUUGGAGAGGAUGUCCCAAGAUGGGAUACUGGGCCGAUCUGUCUUCAGCAUCUGGCAACUUCUAUUUACAAACUGGUGCAAAGUCGCCAUUCUGUAAUUUCUAGGUUCAACUUAUGAAGAUAAGAUUGUCUUGAAACCUAAAUGAGUACAAGAAUAAUUUAUUUAAUAAAAAUAAAAUCCUUUACAUUAAAAACUGCAAUAAAUCGAAUACCUCCGGUUAUGUCAUCAUUGGUCAUUUGUGAUACACAAGACACGAGUUAUUUUAAAUUCCGUAUACGGACGAUAGCGUAAACACUCCUAAUGUUGGUGUCAUGGCAAAGUGACAAUCUGCAUAAUAUUUACAUUUUCCCAGUGACGAUCCAAGGAAUAAUAAGCACAUAGAAAGUACUAAAAUAUGAAUGUUAUUAAAAUAUGAAUGUUAGCAGAAACUUCAUAAACUUACUCAAAAAAGCUUCACGGUAAUAUUGAAACUUCAGUGUAAGAUUAAGAUCGAGAGGUGUUCUAGUCAUCCAACUCACCGGAUGCUUACCAAACGAAGUAGCAAACAAAGUGAAUGAAAGUUGAGUGAACAUGCAUGACCAACUUUCUCAAAACAAGAUUUGUCAGCUCAAUUCACACGUAAUACAUGACAUUUAUUUUGAUUUAAAUGUUAACAGAAAUAAAAACCAGCAAUUAGCAUACAUGUUAAAAUACAA